ACCGUGGAACUCGGUACCAACGGAGGUCUCUCUCGAGGAGGAGGAGGACGCAGGCUGUCGCCGGAUCAUCUUCGACUUGGAUGUCUCGAGGAUAUCGGGCAAGCGAGGGGAAAAGGGAGCGGGAGAGACAGAGAGGAAGCGAAGUGACGUUCACUUUGGGGAAUCGUCCCGGCGACGACGAAGAGAGACGCGACUGCCUCUCCGGGAGAAACGUCAGACGUCGGGGUUGAGAGGAGACGAGUUUGGAAGUAUUAUUUCCGGACUUCCGAGAGACUUCCACGGCGACGACGUUCCCUCGGAGGGACCGGAUCUCGAGGAGAUCCGCCGGCUGGGACUCGAGGAAGAAGAGAUCAGGAUUUCCACACCGCCGGGUGUCGAGGAGCGUCAAAAUGGUACAGCGCGCGAGCAAAGCCGUGCUACUGGCAGCGUUUCUCCUCCUGAACGUGCUGAGCAUCGUCGACUCGGUGCCCCUCAACAAAUCCCUCCGCGGCACGCUGAGACUCUGCUCGAGGAGCCUGAGCGACGCACUGUACAUAGUGUGCCGGGAACGCGGCUACAACGGGUACUCGUACGGCGACGACGACGAGCCGCGGGCCGACAACGGCCAGGGCCUCGUCGACGAGUGCUGUUACCACCCGUGCACCUACGAGCAGCUUGAGCAGUACUGCAAGCCGAUACCGGGGGAGAAGCGGGACGAAUCGAGGGACGUCAUGGAGGAGACGUACAGGAUAGUCCAUAUGCCUUUUCCCUACGCGGCGAGAGAUCUGUCGGAGGAGAGUCCGGAGAUGGACUACGCCGGCGGUGCGAUAAAACGUAAGGUCGAUGGUAUGAAAAAGGGACGGCACAGGGGAAAAGGUGGUCGCAAAGAUGUCGGUGAAUGCGAGGGAAAGGCUGACGCGAAAAAGCGACACCGCGGCAGGCACUGCAGAUGCCGACGUCGGCGUCUGGAGUGUCGCCGAACUGGCAAGGUUUCACGCGGCGACGUUAAGCCUCUAGCUAACAAAUUCGUGACGUCACCGGCGGCGGACAAGCCCACGUCGUUUCCUACCGAGUCGUAAUUCGCCGCUGAGAACAAUGCAAUUAAUUAGCGACCGUCCGCACGGGAGGAGGGGGAGGAUCGGGAGA